CCGAGGCUCAGAAGGGAGGUUAUAACUCAUAAAUACAGUCACCAGAAUGAAGAUGAAGAUAACCUUUACUACAGAUUACAUUAUGCACCUUUCUAACAGAUGUUAAACUGUAUUCUUGUGUGUCUGGGGGGAAUCUGGAUUUUUAAUGAAGGAGAAUGAAUAAAAGAUAUCUGCAGAAGGCAACAAAAGGGACAUUUCUUAUAAUAAUAUUUAUUGGAACUCUUUGGGGAAAGUUAUCAGCUGGAGCCAUUCAUCAAAGAGCUCAGCAUGUUAAAACUGGAACAUGUGAAGUUGUGGCUCUUCACAGAUGCUGUAAUAAGAAUAAGAUAGAGGAAAGGUCACAGACUGUGAAGUGUUCAUGUUUCCCAGGACAAGUGGCAGGAACAACAAAAGCUGUUCCAUCUUGUGUAGAUUCAUCAAUAGUGGAGCAGAAAUGGUGGUGUCAAAUGCAUCCUUGUCUUGAUGGAGAGGAAUGCAAAGUCCUUCCAGACCAAAAAGGAUGGAGUUGUGCCUCAGGUAAUAAAGUGAAAACUACAAAGGUAACUCGAUAGCUGUAAAGUACAUGUAGAAAUGGAGAUUCACCGUGGUAAAGGAUAAUGAGAAUAUCUAUAAACAUUCUAUAAUGCAAGCCUUUAGAGAGAAAAAGUUUAGCAGAACUUCUGCCAAUCGUUAUACUUAUAAAAAGCGAAACAAUGAGAGCAGAAUCCCUCCUGACUUUCUGGACUGCGCUGUGAAUGGUAGAGCUGUUGAGUGCAUGACUACUGCAGCUCAGCGUGGAAGAAAGAAGUGAUGCCCUGUCUAGAUGCUAUUACAGACACAAACUUUGCAGGAAGAAGAAGCUUGAUUGACCACAUUUUAUAAUCAGUUCUCUAAGGUA